GCCAUGUUGGCGAGAAACGAGCGGACGCCGAUCGUUAUUCUGCAGCGCGCAGUCUUUGCAGCAGCAGCUUCGAGUGUCGUGUAGAGCAACAUUUUCCUGUUGACGACCACGAGUUUUUUGCACACGACGCUAAGCGCCGACCGUCAUACAGUAUGGUAGGGACAAGGGUCUAUGUCGGUGGGCUUCCAUACGGCACCAGGGAAAGAGAUCUCGAGAGAUUUUUCAGAGGCUACGGACGUUUCCGUGAUGUCCUCAUCAAGAAUGGCUACGGCUUUGUCGAGUUCGACGACUACAGGGAUGCCGAUGAUGCAGUCUAUGAGCUCAAUGGAAAGGAGCUCCUUGGAGAAAGAAUAACCGUCGAGAGGGCAAGGGGCACCCCUAGGGGUAGUGACCAGUGGCGUUACGGUGACUCCCGUGGUGGUUACGGCGACUCGAGGCGAUCAGCCCGAGACGAUAUGAGACACGAAAGAGAUAGUGUGAACAGAAACUCAAGGACCUCAUCUAGCUACAAGCAAUCAUUGCCCAGAUAUGGACCACCAACCAGGACAGAGUACCGUUUGACCGUAGAAAAUUUGUCGAGCCGUGUCAGCUGGCAGGAUCUGAAAGAUUAUAUGAGACAAGCUGGAGAGGUCACUUAUGCUGAUGCUCAUAAACAACGUAGGAAUGAAGGUGUUGUCGAAUUUGCGACAUACUCUGACAUGCAGAAAGCUAUCGAGAAAUUGGAUGAUACUGAAUUGAAUGGCCGUCGCAUUCGCUUGGUCGAGGAUAAACGUAGCCGUCGUCGCUCACGUUCUUCAAGCUCAAGAUCUCGUUCAAGAUCAAGGUCCCGCUCUCGUCGUCGUAGUCGCUCUCGUUCAAGGAGCCGACGCAGCUCUCGCAGUCGUAGUCGUCGCAGCAGCCGCUCGAAGUCGAGGGCACACACGAAAUCCAAAUCAAAGUCCAAGUCCAAAUCUCCUGAGCGCAGUCGCUCACGUUCCAAGUCCAAGUCCCGUGAUCGUUCAAAGUCAAAGUCCAAGUCAAAGAGCAAGUCGAGGUCUCGCUCACGAUCCAAGAAUGAUAGAUCCAAGUCCAGAUCCCAGUCAAAAUCUAAGGCCAAGUCUCCAUCAAAGGAAAGGUCUCGUGAGAGUCGCGAACGUGAUCGUUCCCGAUCACCAUCCGGCAGUAAACACAGCAAGAGUCGCAGCCGAUCUGCAUCCCCCGUGAAUGGUGAUAAAUCACCAGAGAAAAAAGACGAUUGAAAAGCUAGCGUUGAUUAGCUAGCCCCAGAUUCAUUGAUCCUUUUUUUUUCUUUUCUUCUUUUUUAUACUAUUGAUCAAAAACUCAACCGAUCUUAACCUCGCGUCCUCAAUUUCAAUUUUUACAUUUUAUUAACAAUUUGUUCUAAGAUAUCUUCAUAUAGAAUCACUGCUUAGGGAUAGUUUCCAUUGCGUAAAAACGCAUUCUUUUACGUCCACUGUUUGUUUAUUGUGUAUCGAAUAGUCUGACAUUAAAUUAUAAUAUCCCUAAGAAAGAUUUAUUAAAUAUUCAUUAAUUUGAUCAUUUUUCGUUGACAUUUCUUAAACUUCAAUUAUUAAACGUGCUGUACAGUUGAUUGACUCUCGUGAGCUGUUAAAAUUACAGUAGAUUACUAUACGUCUAUCUACGGUACCUUUGGUUUCAAAGAUAUCAAAACCAAAUGUAUGAAAAUAAUAGCUGAAGGAUAAUUUCUAAUGUUUAAACGAUACAUACCGCCUAUUACGUUAUUGUGACGAUUCCUGAAUCACUUAUUUGUUUAAAGUACAUCACAUCAUUCAUUUCUUUUUUUUUUUUGCGAUAGAGUUAACUAUGAUGUACAUGAAAAAUAAUUGCAAAGUUACUGUAGAAGAUAGAUUGGUAAGCUACAUUUGAGAUAAUUUUUAAUUAGAAAUUUUUGAGGUUACCACCAUCCGCUUUGUGGUAUGAGUUUUCCAGGAUUUUUGUAUAUAUCCCCAUUUGCAGUACUUUAGGAAAUAUUAAUAUGUGAUGUGUAUUAAACAUAGUCCUAAGUCUUACUGUCAAGAAUGGCAAAAAUAAAGAUUCUCAAAUUGUAGACUACCAUG